AUGGUAUCGUCUCAGAAUUUGCCCACGAGAUAUCUUGUAUCUGCACCCGGAAAGGUGAUUCUUUUCGGUGAACAUGCGGUAGUUUAUGGCACGUCGGCUAUUGCUGGAAGUGUUAAUUUGCGGACCUAUUUGCUUAUCGAAAAGAGAGAAGAUGGGAUGCUCGAAGCGUACGUUCCAGACAUUGGAUUGGAUCAACCAGUGAAAUGGAAUACUGAAUUAUUUCCAUAUUCAAAAGUCGAAGACGAUAAGAAAGAGGAAUUCAACGAAGAACUUGCCGAAUCGCUCAAAUCACUUGCCGAAAUCGAAAGCGACAAACCAGCUACAGUCCGCCAACAACAAAGUGUAGCUUGUUUAGCCCUUCUUUAUCUCUUCACCCUCCUCUCAAGUAGAUUCCCCGAGACCAAACGCGGAUUGACGAUCCGUGUGCGUUCAGCUCUUCCCGUUGGUGCUGGCUUGGGCUCAUCUGCUUCAUAUUCGGUCUGCUUGACAACAGGACUGUUGCUUAACUUUGAAUACAUUUCUCUUACACCUGACAGUCGAGGCGCAGAGCUGAUUAAGAAAUACUCCUUUUUGGCGGAAAAGAUUAUUCAUGGUAACCCGUCCGGGAUUGAUAAUGCAGUCGCAACAUUCGGCGGCGCUGUCUUGUACAAGAAAGGAUCAAUGGAAUCCCUGAAAGGGUAUCACGAGAAUAUUGCCGAGUUACCGUUCCGCCCAUUUCGUUUUCUACUUACCAACACCAAAGUUGCUCGCGAUACGAAAACGCAGGUUGCCAAUGUUAGGAUAAAAUUUGAUAAAUACCCCGAGAUUAUCAAACCAAUACUGGAUGCAAUCCAGAACAUUAGCGACCAUUUUAAAACGGUUCUUAUCAACGAAGACAACAACAUUACGCAGGAUACAAUACUCGAGGAUCUGAUAGAUUUGAACCAUCAUUUUAUCAAUUCACUGGGUGUGGGCCACCCGGCGCUAGACAAAGUACGCGAGAUUACAGCUCAAUUUGAAUUACAUUCAAAGUUAACUGGAGCUGGUGGCGGUGGCUGCGCAUUGACUUUUAUCCGAGACGGCAUUCCAGACGUUACGAUAGAGACGGUUAAGAAAUCGCUCUCUUUACAGGGAUUUGAAUGCUUUGAAACUUUGGUCGGUGGACAUGGUGCUGGCGCAUUGGUUAUAAAUGAUACCAUAACUGCGCAGGAAUUUAUGGAAGGCGGGUUGGAGUGGUAUGGUGGGAUGGACAGUUGGCAUUACUUUGUUUAA